AUGGCCUCUGCCUUGCAGAACUCGUCGUCAUCCAAGAAGCGCCGCUUCCAACCACCCAUCACUAGUUACUUCGUGCCGUGCACCCCGGAGACGGAGGGAAACAGCGCCUUGUCGCAUCACAGCUAUGCAGCGCCGACCAACACACCGACUCCUGUGCUCCCUGCCAACAUCCUCUCAUCGCUGCUUGGUGUAGGAGCCCGCGUUCGGAAAUCGGUGCCGGAGGGUUAUAAAACGGAACAAAAGAAGUUGACAGCCUACACGAUACCGGCCUCAACGUCCUCCUCUUCCAAGCGCGAGGUCGGCGUGGACUUAGUCACCUCGCAACAACCGGCUACAACAGUAUAUGCUGAAUUGGAGCCGUUUUGUGGAAUGCACAAGGUGGGCAAUUAUGCCGUUCAGACUUUUCCUCGGCCCGACGAGCAAUAUCGGGAUAUGAAUAUGAAUGCCGAUGAUCUGGAGACCACAUCUAUACCAUCCAGCAGCCAGGGGUCAAAUGCCUCCUCCUCCUCAUCUGCCUCACUAUUAUAUACGAAUUCCAACAGCAAUAAACGUGUCUACGACGACUCGGAUGCCGAAGAAUAUUACGACUCUUCAACUGCAGCACAUCAUCCUAUCCGAGGCAAUUUUGUACCUGGAGAUAUCUGGCAAGACAUGACUGUUACCGGAUUCCAUUCUUCAGUUUACGCACCUAUACCAUCAACAUCCCCCUGCCAUGCUAUCCCACAACGAACCAUACUAUCGCCGAAACUGAGUCAGCACAGACGACGAAUAGCAGCAGCAGCACCAUCAACCAGCGGCAGUACGUGGAAAGCUUAUGCAGAACAAGAAAAUGAAGAUCCACUUGCUUUUGCCGGCGGAGGGGAAAUGUCGUCUGGUGAUAUGAUGGAUCUUGAUGACUUUGGCGAGGCGUCUUUCCUGCGCCGCAGGGAGGAGGUUGAUGCUGAUUAUAUGUGA